GCAGCAUAAUACCAUACUGUCCUCCUCUUGUCGCAUAUUGAUCCAGCUAGCUAGCUGAUCGUUAGCUUUUGUGUCAGAAUGGUGUCUGUGGUGUGUAAAUGUUUGUCCGUAGUUUCUGGCUAAAGGUAUCUGGCAUUUGGGGGCUUUAAUGUUUGGUGCAGCUAAUCUAAAAACCAUCGGCAAAGCGGGAACCGGCUGGCACUUUCACCGGACGAUGGACGAGCUGGUCCAUGACCUGGUGUCAGCACUGGAGGAGAGCUCAGAGCAAGCAGCGCGUGGUGGUUUUGGUGAUGGAGGAGACCACGCACUGGCCGUGGGCUGCCUGCUGAAGAGGCAGGCUCGGAAGCGGAGGGGCAGAAAACGACGCUCGGACAAUCCACACCCGCCUUGGGAGACAGGCCACCUCAGUGAGGGCUCAGAGUCUAGUGUGGAAGAACACAAGGACUACCGUGCCAGUACAGGGGGUGUCUCUGCUGCCAACAGCCAUGCCCGUGACAACAGUGACUCGGAUGAACAACUUGGCCCCAAACGGCGCACCCUCCUAACAGCUGACACAGGACGAAGCAAGCGGCCGCUUUGGCCAGACGACUUGGGUGUCCUGGGAUCCGCAGAGGGAACUCGCAGCCUUAGACGAAGACGUAAGGUCAAACGUAUGGCUGUAGACCCACCUGUAGAACCAGAACCCCCCUCCUGCACCAUGUUAGGGCCCCCACCUGUCCCGAAAGCCCGUGCUAGUGCCAGGCCGCAUAGACUGGGUGCUAGUGAGGGCAGGGUUGCCAUGGAACUCUGUGGAGGUGGACUGAUAGGGCCAGGGGGAGGAAAGAACAGGGUGAAGAAGAGGAAACUGGCUCCCCACAGGCUGGGCAUGGAGGCUACAGAUGAAGGGGUAGUGGUGGAGAGUGAGGACCACAUUUCUUCUCCAACGGAAGGGUCCAAGGACAAGAUGGAGUUGGAGGAGCAGAAGGGCUCGGAUGAGGACAUGAGUGACAGGUGUGAGACCAGCAGUGUCAGUAACAGCAGUGACGGAGGCCUCUACACCAACGAUGAGGGGAGGCAAGCCGAUGACGAGCAGAGCGACUGGUUCUAUGAGGGGGAGCCAGGCGCCGCCCCAGCACCCGGAGGUGCAUGUGCGAUAGCAGGAGUGGUUCCUUGGUGGGAGAGGGACACGGGGUCAGAGGAGCUGGACCUAGUUGAUCCUGUCUUCAACAGCAUCAUCACUGGAUCCUUCCCCCUCAUGAGCCCUGGAGCACAGAGAGUGUUCCAGGCCCGACUGAGUCGUCUCCAUGGAAACCAGCAGGCGUCUCAGGCAGGCAGUUCCGGCCAAGGCUUCAACGACAGACUGGGCAGACAAACCCAGGACUCCCAUGAGCCUUGGUUUAGCUCGGGCUCGAGGAGAGAACACGGACAGCCACUUCAGUUGCAUUGGGACCCACGGUCGGACAGAGGGCAUCGGAGAAGCUGUUCAGUAAAAACAGCCAGCAGACAGACCAGCGGGCACCUCGGCUCUCUGUGUACAGGGGAUGUCAAGCGGAGGCGAAAAGCUGCCCCCCUCGGUUCCACCGCCCCCUCAGGAGUGGUCGGGGAGAAUGCGCCUCCCAUCCCUGACACCAACAUGGGGAGCCGCAUAUUACAGAGCAUGGGCUGGAACCCGGGAAUGGGCCUGGGUCCAGAGGGCAGGGGCAUCACCGAGCCAGUCCGGGCCACACAGAGACCCAAAGGCACGGGUCUGGGUUUCAACUGAACACCAACCGGAUUUCUGAAUCCUGAACCUGAAGUCAUGCUGGGACAAGACUCCCCAAGAGAUAGGAGUGAGGGAGAUGCUGCUGAGGGCAAUGAAAGAUACAAAAAAAACAAAAAAAAAACGGUCAAGAAUAAUCCAGGCAUCUGAGUCAUAAGAAGGGAAGGAAUGAGGCUUGUCCUAACAAUAGAAACUUUCCCAUAUUGGGGAAACGGCGAGAACCCUGGGACACACACACACACACACACACACACACACACACACACACACACACACACGAAUGAUGCGGAAGUGAAUGAAACUGAGCAGAAGAAAAGACUGUUCUCUCGAGAAAUGUUGGCGAAAGUAAGACAUUGGUGCCUCAUUGAUAGUUUGUAAAGCUGGCAUGCCGCCUCAGCCCUGUUACCUCAGACGCCAUUGUAAUUGGCUUGAAAACUGGGGAAAUGACGACCAAAUACUGAGCCAAUGAAUGAGUUUGUUUUCAAUCAGCGGUAUCGGUUAGUGAAUUAACGAUAAAUGGUUUUGUCCGGUAUUGCACAAGAACUUAGGAAUCAAAGACUAUUUUAGUAGGCCAUACCUCAAGAUUCAUUUUAGGUUCUUCUUUAAGGUAACGAAGGUAAGGGUACACUGUGCGGAUGUGUGUUGGAAUCUCUAGAUUUUUUCCCCAUUUACUUAUUGUUCAUUUAUUGGAAGAAGUCAUCUCAUCAGAAUGUUUUUAUCUAUCAAAAAAGAUAAAAAAAAAAACAACUGAAUUUUCCCUUCAAUUAGCACCACGAUGUAUGCAUGUCUGUGGCUGCUGCAGGUUCUGCUGAUGUGUACUAAGAAAAAACACGUUGGGACGUGAAGUAAAGUCUUGCGAUGACUUGCUUGACUGUCUUAUUUCAUGCAAUUUCUUUAGGUAUUUUAUCCUGGCACAUGUUUGCACCGCAGACAGCAGUAUUUAGCCUACCACAGCCAUGCUCAAUGACUUUACAUACAGUACGUGACAAAAUGGCUGUACGAUUGUCAGCUUACAAGCAUUUUAGUGUCUCCAUACAGGUUUGGAGAUUCCAGUGAAUGAGAGAGAGAAUUAAUAAAUGUAGCUCUUUUCAAUGUCUUUAGAAGUUUAAGAAAAUGAAAUAUUGCUGUCAUAAUACACAUGGAAAGGCCCUACAUACCUUUUGUUUCACAGGUGUUUUCACUUAAAAUGCUCAUUAUGCUCAUUUCCAGGGUAAUACUUGUAUUUAGAGGCUAUAUCAGAAUAGGUUUACAUGGUUUAAUUUUCAAAACUUUUUGUUGUACUGCACAUUGCUGCAGCUCCUCUUUUCACCCUGUGUGUUGAGCUCUCAGUUUUAGCUACAGAGUGAGACCUCUCACUUCUCUUACAUCUUUGUUGGGAGUCGCACAUGCGCAGUAGCUACGUAAGGACCGCUAGCUAAUCAGAAGCAGAGUAUGAGGGCGCGCCACGCUAGCAGCUAGGCGAGCAUUUUAACGUGUGUUACAACGUGCCUCACGUUCAUCACAGAAGUAAAGGCUGGACUACAACAGAGCUGUUUGGAGCAGUUUGUGAACAGUGUUUUCUGUUGGAGAUGGUAAGACCCUUUGGGGUGGACUUUGGGCUUUUUCACUUUGGAAGCCUAUUUUAUGCACAAAAAAAGAUAUAUUACACAAUAAAGGAAAGGGGAAACACCAAAAAGCAUAAUAUGAGCACUUUAAUUAGCCUGAUUGGAGCUUUUCUUAGCAUUGUGUGAAUAUAGACUGAAGUCUAAUGAGACAGAAGUGAAAACACCUGUGUGACUGGGCAGGUCCUUAACUAAAACAAAAGAGGAAGAGCUACUUACAUUACAAUUUAGUUUUAGACCCAUUGUCAUUUACUUAACUGUGAUAUUGUUUCUUGUGUUUAUUCAGAGUAUGUUUGCUAAUCUAGCUUACCUGCAACCAUAGAUUGUCCUGAAUGCAGAUUUGAAAUUAUUUUAAGUGCAGGUAGAGAGAUUAAGGUCUAGAAUAACGAAUGACAUUAUGAAUUAAAAAAUGUGCAGGAAGUUGUACUGUAAAUGUAACAAUAUUUGUUUCCUCUUACUUUGUUGUUGUAACCAUUGAGCACCGGAUGGCUGGUCUUCUACCCUAUUAGGCCUGUUCAUAGAAGUGUGAGAUGUCAGUGACACAACCAAGUAUUAAACUCAAAGACUGCCUAAACUAUGCGGUGGUUAUUGAACUAUUAGGUUCAUCCCACCCCUCUAGUUCAUCAGGUGGUUUAAACCAAA